AUGGGUCCCUCUAAAAAACUCCCUCUUAUUGUGUACUACCACGGAGGUGGCUUUAUUUUCUUAAUCACUGCUUCUUCCAUCAACCAUGAUUUUUGCUCCAAAAUGGCAGCUAACCUCACUGCAGCUGUCGUCUCCGUUGACUACCGCCUUGCUCCCAUGCACCGGCUCCCCGCAGCUUACGACGAUGCGGUGGAGGCGCUUACGACGAUGCGUGCUGGUGGCAAUAUAAGCUACCAUGCAGGACUACGUGCAUCAGCUGCCGUUGAUGAGUUUGCGCCGUUGAAGAUCAGAGGGCUCAUAUUGCACCAUCCAUUCUUUGGUGGGGUCCAAAGGACUGCAUCUGAGCUAAGUUGUGUUACAUAA